UUCGCAUUCAACUGGCCAUCAUAGCUUUGCGGUUAGUUCGACAAACCACAAACUCCAAAAGAAAAAAAAACAGGUGUAAAUAAAACCAAAGCUUGGCUUAAACACGAUCGACAACAAACCGCAGUCAACGCUGAGAGCUCCAGAAGAGCAGUCGCAAUUAGAGAAAAGCGGUGGAUUUUCAAUUCCGAAACGGUUACAAGUGUCUGAAACAAACGUUUUGCAGCGUUGUGGAAGAUUUCGAAGAGCAAAACAGAAACGUAUAAAAGAAAAUUGGAAAUUUAACGAAAAAUCAGAUGAAAACAAAAUAGAAAAGCAAUAACAACAUCGGUUCGUAACAGCACAAGAGAGAAAUAUCUCGCAGACCGUUACUAAAUUUUGAAUUUAAAAACAAAACAAGAAAAAUUAAAAUUACAAAUUUUAUACAUCAAAGAUAUUUAAAAGUGAAUUUCUGAAAAAGAAAAAAAUCUUGUUUUAAUUUUCCCAUAUUGCCCCCGGGGGAUGGAUGGCUGAUAUCUGAUCCAGUGACGUAGAUAUUGUAACGUGUUUUAAGUUUACAAGAUUGUUGUCGGAUAUCAACUUCAAAGUUUUUUUUUCGUAGCCGUUAAAAGAAAAGUUUUUUAAAGAAAAAUAAAAAAAGAAGAGUGCACACCACAAACAAAGAAAGAGGUGGAAAACAAGUAAUAAGAAAAAUAAACGGAAAAACAACAACAAUAAAGAUGAUGAUGAUGAAAAAUCUCAACAAAACCCCAACUACUACCACAACAGCACCGACAACAAACCUCAAUGCUCGCCAACAUCGCUGCUCUGGAAAAUCAUUGAAAAAAAGUGAAAUUAUAUAUCGGCUAUUUGGCUGUGGUGGUCGUGGUGGUGGCAGUGGCGGCCUCUGGCCAAUUGUCAUUAUCUUGUAUGCGUUACUUGUGCUGCAGCUAUUCGGAAGUUCAAUGGCUUUUACCAUACUUUCGCCCUUCAGCUAUACAUCGCUGAGUUUCAAGAAUCUUUUGAACAGUGUCCUACUGUCGAGCAAUGGCAAUCUGGCCGGUGGCGGCCGUAACCUCAAAUCGGAUGUACUGGAAGAUGCAUCAUUGAUAACGCCCAAAUUAAUACGGAAAUAUGGAUAUCCCUCGGAAACGCAUACCGUAGUAACAAAAGAUGGUUACAUACUGGAAAUGCAUCGGAUACCGAAAAAGGGAGCCCAACCGGUGCUGUUAAUGCAUGGCAUAUUGGAUACAUCGGCCACAUGGGUGCUAAUGGGUCCCAAAUCGGGGUUAGGUUACAUGCUAUCCGAUUUGGGCUAUGACGUGUGGAUGGGUAAUGCUCGUGGUAACCGGUAUUCGAAAAAUCACACCAGCCUUAAUAGUGAUUAUAUGGAAUUUUGGGAUUUUACUUUCCACGAAAUGGGAAAAUAUGAUCUGCCAGCUUCGAUUGAUUAUAUUCUGACGAAGACGGGUUAUGAUCAACUGCAUUAUAUUGGACAUUCUCAGGGAACGGCUGUCUUUUGGGUGUUGUGUUCCGAACAGCCACAGUAUGCCCAGAAAAUCUUAUCAAUGCAUGCCUUGGCUCCCAUUGCCUAUAUUGCCGAUAUGAAGAGUCCCCUAUUCCGCACUUUGGUACUGUUUUUGGACUUUUUGACGGCUGCCACACGCAUGUUACGCAUCACCGAAUUUAUGCCAAAUACCAAAUUCCUUGUCGAACAAACACAGGUGGUUUGUCAUGACAAUGCCAUGACACAGGAUGUCUGCUCCAAUAUUUUGUUCCUGGUUGCUGGUUACAAUUCGGAACAGCUUAAUAAGACCAUGCUGCCCGUUAUGUUGAGUCACACACCAUCGGGUGCAUCGAUAAAACAGUUGGAACAUUUCGGUCAACUAAUGAAAUCGGGUCACUUUAGUAAAUUCGAUCGUGGCUAUUUGCGUAAUCAGCUGGAAUACAAUCGAAUGACACCACCCGAUUAUGAUUUGUCCAAGGUCAAAGUGCCAGUGGCCCUCUACUAUUCGAUGAACGAUAUGUUGGUGUCGACGACGGGUGUGGAUCGUUUGGCACGUGAGCUGCCGCAUGUUAUUGACAAAUAUUUGGUGCCAAUGGAAAAAUUCAAUCAUUUGGAUUUCCUGUGGGCCAUCGAUGUCAAGACGCUGGUCUACAAUCGGCUGGUGAGGAACCUGAGACGUGUUGAGAAUUACAAAUUGAAACAUGCCCAAAAUUUGGUCAAUAUUCAGUUGCAACAAUUGCAACAACAGCAGCAGCAGCGACAAGAGUUGGCCCACAAUCAGCAUACAAUGCCGUUGCCGUUGCCGUUGCCAUUGCCUGGUAGUGGUGGUAAUGUUGCGGCAGUGGUACUCAAUGGGAAUGGUAAUGGCAAUGGAGGUUUGGGUGUUGGUGUUGGUGUCACCCGGCCACCCAUCAUGCAUGUACCGCCAACUGAAGCGGCGACGACAUUUCACCACCAAGGUGUAAAUAAUUUACCAGCAGCGGCAGCAGCUGCCGUGACAUCGCCAACUGUCCAGAGCAAUGUGUGAAAUGCCGGAUAAGGAAGUUAAGAGGAAGAAAAGAAGAAGAAACAAAAAAAAAAAACAAAAAAAACCCGUAAAACCAAAUUGAAAACGUUUUUUUUGCCGAUGACUCGGGAAGAAAAAUAUUGCCCGCAAUAUUUUUUGGCGCAGACAUUGUUUUUGUUUUUUGGGAUUUUGAUUUAUUGUUGUUUUUUUUUUGUGUGUUUUAUAUGAAAAAAACCGAAACCGUAUUGACUGUGAUGACCAACUUCUAUGAUCUAUGAUGCUGCUGUCUAUUUUCGCCUCUUUGUCUCUUUCGAUUUUGAUUUUCAUCGCUUCUGCAGUGAUGAUGUGGAUGCUGAGCUAUUGUGGAUGCUGUUCUGAUUCUGCAAUAUUUCUAUUUCUGAUAUAUUUAUAUUCUUUGUUUUUGUACUUGUCCUUGUUUUUCUUUCUUUUUCCUUUUUUUAUAUUGUCCUUUAUUUAUAUAUGUAAAUGUAUGUCGUAGUUUAAUGUACAAAAGAAACUAUUUGUUUAAGUUGUGUAUGUAUUUGUAGCGUUAGUUUGUUAAGAAGGUUUUGUUUAUUCGACAGAACCAACAAAGCUUUGUCUUAGUUUGUAAUUUUAGUUUUAGAGGACAGAAAACACAAUUUAAUGUAUUUUUGUUAAUAUGUGUAGAAUAUUUUUAUUCAAUAAAAAAAUG